AUGUCGCACAUACCAGGCCCCGCAAUCGCCUCCCGUACGGGGUUCUGGCGACUGAGGGACGUUCGCCGAGAGUCUGGACAUCUUACUCACAUCGAAUCGCACCAGCAGUAUGGGCCUCUGGUGCGGACAGGGCCCAACCACAUUCCGUUGGUGACCCGAAGGCUAUACGAAUCACAUGUGGCUCGAAAAGUGCGGCAUUCUGUCCCAAACGAAGCUUAUCAUCGAGACCAGAUGAGACUGGUUGCCAGCGCUUAUAGUAUGAGUUCGUUGCUGGAAAUGGAGGAUGCAGUGGACUCUUGCUCAGGUCUACUCACAAAGCGACUUGACGAAUUCGCAACAGCUGGCAAUUGUUUUGAUCUUGGACUCCAAUACCAUGCCUUCGACGUUGUCGGCGAGCUCACUUUCGACGAAAAGCUCGGCUUCCUCGAACACGGCAUUGACGUGGACGGUAUGAUGGAAACAAUGGCAGGAAUUUUUGGAUACUCCAUCCAAUGCGGUCAAGUAUCCUAUAUGCAUAAAUUCUUGCUCGGCAACCCUCUCAUUCUCUUCCUGAUUCUUUCCAUGGAAUCUUGGAAUCAAGUCUUAAACUUUAUACUAAAAGCCAUCAACUCUCGGGGUACACCAAAUCGCAACGGCGAAUUGACCACUACCGAAAAAGGCAAAGUAGCGGAGGAUCAGCCAUCAAAGUGGAUCGCAGCUAAAGAAUCCAACCCGACCAGAUUCAGUACUCGCGAUAUCGUUGUGCACACCUCCGCAAAUGUCUCCGCAGGCAGCGACACAACUGCCAUCGCUUUGCACGCCAUCUUCUACAACCUCGUGCGCAACACGUCCACAAUGGACAACUAUAAGGAAUUCACGGCCCAUUUCGUCGGACUCCUGCUCGAGCGCCACGUCCCACCAGGCGGCGUCGAGAUCUGCAAUCAGCAUAUCCCAGCUGGCAGGAUCGUCGGCGUCAAUGCGUGGGUCAUGCACCGUGACCCUUUCGUGUUCCCGGAGCCGGAAAAGUUCCUUCCAGAGAGACGGAUCGAGAGCGGGGCGGAGAGGUUGAAGGAGAUGGAAGCUAGCUUCUUCGCUGUUGGGACGGGAAGUAAGGACGUGUAUUGGGAAAAACUCCAGCUUGGUGGUUGUGGGUACGAUUGA